AAUAUGAUUAAACGCAGCACAGGCUUCAACUGGGGUCACGGCGCUGUUAGUUGUACAUAUUGGCAAGGCCCGUUGUUAGUAGGUGUACUCAAGUCUAUGGGCAUUGACGAUGUGAUGAAGGACGACGGGAAAACAUGAUACUGGGUCAACUUCGAAGGGGCCGAUGAACCCAGUGAGGACAAACACGCUACUAGCAUUUCCCUUCACUAUAUAUGGACCCAAACAACGACGUGAUUCUCGCGUACUGGAUGAACGACAUAGCAUCGUCCCCUGACCACGGGGUUCCCGGUGCGGUUAUGAUUCCAGGCUAUGCUGGAGGUCGAUGCGUGAAGUGGUUGCACAAAAUUUGGAUCAGCAAGAAAGAAAUAAGUUCAUAUUAUCAUAUAUGGGAUAACCGUGUCGUCUCUAGCUUCAUAGCUGGAAAGGACGGCAAAUUUGCAGAGACACUCUUCAGCUAUCCGGGCCGCGUUUCACGAGCAGGAUCUCAACUCUGAUAUCGAGAAGCCAUCUUUUGGCGAAAAACUUUCCUUAACAGAAGCCAAGAAGGGUCACAGUUACCGCAUAGCCGGAUAUGCUUAUGAUGGUGAUAGCCAUGAGGUACAUCGAGUCGCGGUCUUUUUGGACGAUGGAAAAACUUGGUUGUAUUGCAUUCGUCAAUUCCCGGCCCGAUCAGAUACGGAAAGAAAUUCUGGACGAGGGUAUACUGGCACGUAAGUAUUGAAGCGACGCACCUGUUGUGCUCGAAAAUAAUUGCCGUACGAUGCUUCAAUGGUGGGUGUCUGCUGGAUCCUGCUGUCUAACUCGUAGAAUUGUAGCUACUGGUGUGCCUUUUUAUCACGAACUUAGCUAAUGAUCUUGGCAGUCUUCAAGAGCACUCAGCCGGAAAGCCAGCCUGUAACG